AUGGCCUCCCUCGGGAGUGGGAGCUGGAGCGGCGCCCCAUUACAGAGUGCAGGCCCCACGCCCUGGGUGACCAUCUUGCAGCCUUGUCCUUGGACUGUCCCGACUCCUCUGCCUCAGCCUAGCCGAGUCAAGGAAGACCUGCUGGAGCUCAUGAUGCUGCAGAAUGCCCAGAUGCAGCAGCUGCUGCUGAGUCAGCUGGUGGCCCGAGCCCUGAACCCAGGGCCAGAGUGGUCCAGCCCACAGGUCUAUCCAGACAGCCAACAGGAACAGGUGGAGGAAGAGAUGGAGGCCCAGGAGCAGGGGCCUUUGGUGUUCCACCAUCACUAUUUGCCUUGCCCCGUGACCUCCUUGGGCCCCACGGCACUCUGGCCAGCCUCUUUCCUCCCUGUUCCCCCACACCAGCCUCCCUGGCAGGGCGCACCUGGGAUUCAGCGCCAGCCCCCUGCCUCCAGGCGAGGGGAGGUGAGAGAUGUGCCCCCACCCCCGCCCCCCAGUGCUACAGGGACUGUUGGAGCGGAUGUGCCCCCGGCUUCAGACUACUACGACGCUGAGAGCCUGCCGUGAAGACAGACGUUCGCCAGGCCUCACCAGCUUCUGCACGGGGCUGCCAAAACGCUGGAGCGACUCUGCACCCAUGCCGGAGACCUUCUGACCCACUCUGCCCCAGCCAAGCCCUCUACCCUGGGGCAUCAGGCUCUCAACUCCACUGCUAUCUUGAGCAGGUUCUUCUGCAUCGAAAGCUCCUUAGAGCCCCUCCCUGACCCAGAAGCCACGUAAACCCAAUUGAUCC